AUGUCGAAAAGAAAUGAGGAUCAAGUGAACUACAAUGUCUUUGCACUGAUAUAUACAUCAUUUGUCAACAAAGUCAUCAGAGACAGGGCAGACAGAAGCAAGGAAAGGCUGUUUGCGAUUGGAUUGAGGAUCGGAGAAAGGAUGGCAGACGACUUUUUCCUUGUGUCCAAGCCCAGGAAGCCCAUGAGCCUGGUAGAUGUUUCGAGAGACAUAUCGGAAUCCUUCUUCCCACACUACUUCUCGCUCCGUCCCACAUGCAACGGAUGCAUCAUUGGGCUGGGGAAGUUUCUGGUACUUCAGUACACAAAGAAGGAGGAGGAAUGCCUGGAGAUGAUCUGUGGAAUCCUGCAGAGUGUCUACAGCCAUGUGUCCAGGGACAGUAUCAAGUUUGAAGCCAUGGAGCACAAUGGAGAGCAUUGCAUAGUGGUGCGGAAGAAGACGGAUUUGGCGGGGCCUUCUGUGGUGGGACUCAGAGAAGAGGCUUCGGAAGAAAGCUAG